AUGUCGACCAAGAUUGCAAUCCUUCUGGCUGUUCUGGUUGCGGUAGUUGCCUGCGUUCAGGCACAAGCCUCCGUGCGACAUCGGUUCGUACGACCGUUGCCCCGAUUCCUGCCAAAGCCACAGUAUGGCCUUGGGCAUCGCAUCGUAGGAGGAUUCGAGAUCGACGUGUCUGAUGCUCCGUAUCAGGUGUCGCUGCAAUACUACAAUAGCCAUCGCUGUGGAGGUUCCGUGCUGAACAACAAGUGGGUCCUGACGGCAGCCCACUGCACUGCCGGUACCUCGACCAUUAGUCUCGCUGUGCGUGUUGGAUCUUCGGAGCACGCAAACGGUGGAACCGUGGUUCGCAUUGCACGAGUCGUAGAGCACCCGAGCUACGACGACAACACCAUCGAUUUCGACUUUUCGCUAUUGGAACUGGAAGAGGAGCUUACCUUCAGUGAUGAGGUGCAGCCGGUCGCUCUUCCGGAGCAGGACGAACCGGUAGAGGAUGGAACCAUGACGACCGUAUCUGGCUGGGGUAACACGCAAAGUGCCACCGAAUCCAACGCUGUUCUGCGGGCUGCCAACGUACCGACCGUCAAUCAAAAGGAAUGCGAAAAUGCCUAUGCACUAUCUGGCGGAAUCACCGAUCGUAUGCUGUGCGCCGGAUACCAACAGGGAGGAAAGGACGCUUGCCAGGGAGACUCUGGCGGUCCGCUGGUAGCUGACGGAAAGUUGGUUGGUGUCGUAUCGUGGGGAGCAGGAUGCGCUCAGGCUGGAUAUCCAGGAGUGUACUCGCGAGUGGCCAGCGUUCGCGACUGGGUUCGUGAGAACAGUGGGGUGUAA